AUGAUGGCUAUCGCUGAUAAAACUCAUGUUCCUGGUGGGAAGACCCCGUUACUUGGUCUUCGUAUUGCUCAAUUAGUGCUUGCUAUUAUUAUACUUGGUCUUUCGGCUUAUGGAGUUUAUUGGCUUGUGUUUGAUGGAGAUGCACUCACAUUAGCCUCGUCCGUUAUCUCAAUCGUCAUCUGUGUCUAUGUGAUAGUAGCCAACACCGGAGCACCUGCCAUAUAUAACUACUGGGCGGUACUCGGUCUCGAUAUAAUUGCUGUGAUACUUUGGGUCGUAUCAUUCCCUGUCCUUGCAUCACAAAUUGCAACUGCUGUCACCUACUACGACUACGAUGACUAUAGUUGUGGUUACUAUUAUUAUUAUUCUUGCUCUUAUAAGCAUAAACGUGGAUUAGGUGUCGAAAAGCGUGCAGAGACUACCUGGGAGACUUACAAGGGAAUAAUGAUCGCAACAGCUGCAUUGGCGGGUAUUCAGUUUGUACUUUUCGCAAUUACUCUCAUCAUUCUCGCCAUCAAUAUUCAUCGUCACCGUAAUGCUGGAGGUCAUUGCGUACCAGGUUCUACAGCUCCUAGACAAAAUGAGGUUGAACCAAAAACACAACCCAAUACCACGGCGACUGUGGAGCAAAGCCAACCCGAGGUUUAUAACCCACCAAUCUCUCACACUCACUAA